AUGAACACCAAUAGCUCUAGCUACUCUGCUUUUGGUCCGCGAAGACACUCCGUCGCGAAGAGCCAGAACAUCCAUAGCCAGGGCCCCAGCCUGCGGGAGGUGAAAAGCAGUGAUGAGGUGCUCGCCCACCGUCGCAGAGGUGCCUCUCAUGGACGCCAGUUCACAGUCGCGAAUGUUGGUAACAAUGGACGGCUAUAUCUACGGCCAAUCGCCAACCGGCCCUACGCAUUGCAAACCCUGCAACCGAGCCCGAACAUAGCGGAAACAACAACAGACCACCGGGCCAGUGCCUGGUCUAACUCACAGUUCUCCUACCUCGUUGAUCAGCCAGAUACAACCUCGCGUGGACCUGCACUAGCCUACCAUCACCUCCGUCGAUGGAAAUCAUUGCCUACCAUAGACGAUGUUCCGCCAAGUCCCACCCGCGGAGCAUUGAAGGUGGUCAUCGAGGGGUCAGAGCCCGUCGACAAAACACCGCCCAAGUUACCAGGCCCGGCACGUAAGCUAGACGACUUCAGGUUCCCUGAUAGACAUGCUUCUGCCUAUCGACCAGCACCCAGGACUCCGAGGUUGUCCUCGCCAAUAUCGAUGGCAAAGAUGGACAAUAAGUCUGUCGACAAGGCAAUUGGCCAGUCCGUCUUUUACAAGCUCAUGGAGCCAAUCGAACCCUCCAUCUUUGAUGACCUUAUACCCAUCAUGCACGACGCCUCCGUUGUCCGGUAUGCAAAACAAACUAAACAGCUUUCUGCUGCUACCCCAGCACGCAUUGUUGCCCAGAUAUCAUCCGAAUCAUUUAUGGACUACGAACUCGUCUCGGAUUUUUUCCUUACCUUCCGCUCCUACCUCUCUCCGGGUAACUUGCUAUCCCUCCUCUUGGCUCGUCUCCAGUGGGCCAUCAAUCGUCGUGAGGAUGACGGGCGCAUUAUUCGUAUCCGCGUCUUUGCAGCUCUGCGACACUGGAUCCUAAACUACUUCGUUGACGACUUUGUUGCAAACGACGGCCUGCGUGCACAGUUUUGUUCUCGUAUAAAUUCUCUAUAUGAAGAUCUUAAAUGCCGCUCCUCCCGUGAUGUCAGCGACACUAAGAUCAUUUUGGACCUGAAACGGUGCUGGAACGGGAGAUGUGCGCAGUACUGGGAUGAUCCUGAGUUUGUUAACGAUGCACGACCAGAUGAUCCCAUUGUCCCUGGUGCAAAUAAGCCAGACUCUCGGCCUAACGGUGAUGGACUGUGUUUUUCCUAUUCCGAACUUGUCGCCCAGGAUGCACCUGCAAGCUACAAUCGCAAGGGUUCAGCUGCUUCAGUGAACGACUUCCCCAAAAGUCCACCGCCUGCAUCGUCUGCUUUCAGCCCACCAAGCGUCAAUAUGCCUUCCUCCCGCCUUUCAAUGCGUAAUAACAGCUUGUCUAACCAAGGCCGAACUGCGCACCAUCCGCCAGAUCCCAUCCCAGAACUAAACGACCCCUCUCGCUCCCCUGCUUCCCCUAGCCUGCGCUCCCCCACAUGGCGAUGGCCACUCCACUCUCAUUCUCAAUCUUCGCACUCCCAUAAACGCAGUGGAAGCUUCUCCGACUCGUUUCGAGAUGACCGGGCUCCUCUGCCACACUCCCAGUCAAAUCUUAAUAUUGACAGCAGUGGCGGAGGACUGACUUCCUUGAGUCAAUUAACCGUCGAAACUACCAAUUCGCCCGGCGUGAACUUUAGUAUUAUUCGGGGCAGUAUGCUCGCGCCUUUGGAGCCAGAUGUGCCAACGACACGUCCGCCAUCACCACCGCCAGACCCUUCCAUGCCUCGUUUACGACCCCCGAGUUCGCCUUCAUUCUCUUCAUCAACCUCGGCAGCCGCUUCCUUCGCGCGGACAGACUCACCGCCUAAAUCUCCCGCACCAGCAGUGAAAACAUUCAUCAGCUCUCUCCGUCGUGUCCUACACGGUAGCAGCUCUAUUGCUAGUGCCUCCUCCGCAAGCGGUAUAUCUAAUAAACCAGAACCCCGCCCUAUCGUAUCAGCGUAUGGCAAAACGUCUCUCCUCCCACCUAAUGUUGUCUUCGGAUCUGACAAGUAUCGCGAAAAGAGACCGGGCAUCAAGAGCGCCUCCCGGAUCGACGUCUUAUGCGACAGGGCUUACCAGUCCUAUAGGGCUCUAGCAAUACAAACACCUGUAGCUACCCCUACUGUUGUCGCUCGUAGUCCGAGCCCCAAAUCGCAACCGCGAGCAGAAAUGCCCGCCUCGCUCCCCAUUCCCAACUAUUCACGCGGGGUAUCUAGCCAAAUCACAGCAGGCAGCCAGUCCAUAGUUAUCGUUGACGAUACUGGAGCUAGGGUAGGCACAGGUGGAGGCCUUUCUCUGCUUCCUGAGGAAUUCCAGAUGUACUAUCCAGGCUCUGGUCAAUCUGAACCCGAGCCAGAAAUUGAUCCAUUGACACCGAUACCCAUGCAAAUACCCCAGAAAGAUAAACUAGAAGUUACCCCAAUCUCAACACAUGAAAAUGUCACUAUCAACAAGCCAGGCUCGAGGUUGCGCAAGUAUGCAUCCUACCAAAGCGUGUUAGGUGGCCACGGCGCCCAACGGCCCGUCUCCGAUAUGCCCAAGGUUACCGCACACGUAGAUAUGGCAGCUAGUAGAGAUUCAUUCUUACCUGUACAUAUGCCUGCGGCUAGGCCCUUGCAGCUACCAGAGAAACGCCUUCGCAGACGGCCAGGUGGCGAUCUACGCAAGAUGCAAAACACCGUAGACUCUGUGGAACAAAGGCCAAAUAUCAACCAUGACCGUGGUCUGACGACAUUAAAGUUUGCUUCUGGUACAACCGCAACGAACUCUACGUCCUCCGCAUUGUAUAUACCCCCUGCAUCAGUAAAUAUGGGCUCCGGCUCCCAUAGCGAGGACGACAAUUAUGAUGAUGACGAUGAAAUUGACUUUUCAACUUCUUCCAGCGCACUGGAUUCACUUAGCCGCAGCGAUACACGCUCUUACUCCUCUCCACAGCCUCGGGGCAGGCAUAUCUUCGAAGAUGCAGUUGCUGGUUUUCGGAAGAUACCUGACCAAGCAGAUGGGGGUAUUGAGUCUGCUCUUCUUAAGCUUGAGGGAAGAUGGGGAGAGGGUAUGGGUUCCGGAGUAAAUGAUAGUCCUCAGAAAGCAGCCUUCUCUAAUACAGGUAGACGGAGGUCUCGUCACGCUCGGCAUGAUGGACUGACACACGGGCAAUACUUAAAUGUUCGUAAUGAUACUACGGCCUACCCUGGAUCUUCGGAUGCGGCUAUUCCCACUGGUACGGAGUCUUACCUUGGAUCGGAUUAUUCAUACUCCUCCAUUCCGCUUCUGGAACGAGGAUUGGGAGACGAAUCGAUGAAGACACCCCAACUUCCUAAAUCCGAGAACCCUUCGCCCUUAGGUCAAGGUGCUCUAUCUCAUCCAUCAAUUGAAGUCAUAGAGAAGACGGAUAGCAUGAAUAGGAUUGCGCAGGGCGCAACGGCAGCAGAACCCGUACAUGAGAAUGCUGAUGACAACAUCUCAGAGCUUUCAUCUGAACUCUCAAUAGAUGAAGAAUCUAGUAGGGGGGCAUCACAUCCUACUCAUCCCCUCGCUGCGCCAUCUGUACCUAUAUCCUUCCUUCCACCAGCCUCUUUACCACCAUACAAUCAUUAUGGCUGUCCUCCAUAUGCCAAUCAACACCAUGAUACCCACCCAAACUUCUCUCGUCCUCGAAAUAACUCUCAACCCUCUCUAACACCCACUACUCCAACUCACUCAGGCAGCACCUUCCCUAGCUCCGGCCACAUUGCAUUUGUUCUAGCUCAUGACUCGCAGACACUUGCCAAACAAUUCACCAUUGUCGAACAAGCAGCUCUCGGUGAGGUUGACUGGAAGGACCUCGUUGAUAUGCGCUGGGCGCAUUCCUGCCCUUCCCCGCUUAACUGGGUUGAUUAUCUCUCUGCUGGUCUCGACCGCAAGGGCAUAGACAUGGUUAUCGCACGGUUCAACCUAAUGGUCAAAUGGGCGGUAUCAGAAAUCGUGCUAACCAAGAAUAUCUCGGAGCGUGCUCUUGUGAUCACGAAACUGAUCCAUAUAUCUGUUAACGCUAGAAAAUUGCGCAACUAUGCCACCAUGCUGCAGAUUGUCAUUGCUUUAUCAUCCGUUGACUGUACACGACUAGCGAAAACGUGGGAGCGUGUCCCCGAGACUGAAAAGGGCAUCCUGGCCGAAAUGGAAUCGUUGAUCCAACCAACUCGCAACUUCCACAAGCUUAGGUCUGAAAUGGAAUCUUCCGUUCAAGACGGCUGCAUUCCAUUUGUUGGCCUCUAUGUUCAAGAUCUUACAUACAAUGCUCAAAAGCCUGCGCAGAUCGCAAGCACCCGCGACGGCGAACCACUGGUCAACUUUGAACGUUAUCAUACUGCUGCAGCCAUUGUGAAAAGCCUUCUUCGUCUUAUUGAUGCAAGCACAAAAUAUACCUUCGAGCCCGUCCCCGGAGUAUUAGAGCGUUGCCUUUGGAUUGCUGCUUUAGCGGACGACGAUAUCAAAGCGUUCAGCAAAGCGAUUGAAUAA